CCGAGGUAUAAACCGUUCAAAACCCAAACGGGUUUAUACCCGACAAUUAGAUCCCAACCCGAAUUCGACCCACCUCCACCUUCACUCCGAUACUUAUAAUAGGGUUUUUCUUUUGUGCCGGCGGAGUCUUUCACCGUUGCAUUUUCCUCGCAACUAUGGCGGUUCCAGGCCCUUACUCCGGCGUCAGCACUCUUGCUUUUGUGGCCCGUGCCUCGGCUCUGGCCUUUGGUGUUGUCUAUGGAAGCAUCAAGCUCUCCGCCCUCAAGUCAAAGGAGAAGUCUCGUAGAAAGGCUGAGGCAAAGGCGAACGCCCAUCACUGAAGGGUGUGAAUAUCUUCUUCAACGAUAAAAACGUAGACAUUUUGCGUGUAGCCUUUUUUUUUUUUCAUCUGUACUGCUUGUAGCUUUUUUGUUAUUCUUCAUGUGUGCUCUAGGAAUCCAAAGCCCAAGCUGACACAGCAAUAAGAAAAUAAUGUUUGGUAUUGGUUGAGGUUUUAAUACGACAUCAUUGCUUUUCUUUCAA